AUGGAAGCAGCAGGAAUUGCCUUGGCAAUUCUCCCGCUUCUCAUCAAUCAGCUCGAUAAUUAUGUCCAGGGUCUUGAGGUUAUCAAGAGCUUCGGAGCCAAGCGCUACCGCAGGGAACUUGAAAGCUAUUCAUCAAGUCUUGGAACCCAACAAGCCAUCUUUGUCAAUACCCUAGAACGGGCCCUGGAUGGAGUGGUAGAAUAUGAAGAUGGGCUGGAUGAACUAAGGAACAAUCCUCUGGGCAAUUUGUGGAAAAGGCCGAGUCUGCAAGCGAGUCUUCAUAAAAAACUAGAAAGAGAUUUCAAUCCUUUCAACCAGAAGAUGAUAAAGAUUGCGACUCUAUUGGAGGAAUUGUCCCGAAAAUUAGGACUGGACAAGAAUGUCCCGGUGAACAACUAUCGGGCCGACCAGUCUUCUAUCAAGAAGGAGGUCAAAAAGUUCAAAGAUAUUUUCUCGAAAAGCAUCUACCUCAGUCUCUUUGCUCGUAUCGACGCAGCCAAUAUAAUUCUGAAUAUCUUAGUGGAACAGUCCGAUUAUCGAAGCACGAUACAAAAACGGAGAGUAUCAAAAAGACUCCAAUUGCGCCAGAAAAGGGCUCCGAAAGUAGCUCGCAGUCUGCAUAACGCAAUAAUACGGGGCAAGUAUUGGAAAUGUGCUUGUCUGAAUCAACACUCAAUUCAUUUCGUUCUUAGUGAUCUGCCAGAGGACUUGAAUGAUGGGUCAAAAGAGUCCUCCCAUUGCUCUCGGUUUCGAAUGAUUUUCACUUCCAACAGCUCCAUAGAUCUUGCAGAGGGAUGGUGCGAGAUCGAAGCCGAAUCGGAUACUAUAGAAUCGGAUAUCAUCCAAUCAAGCGUGGAUCCGUUGAACGGAUUUCCUCUCAAGGGCAGUGAAGAGAACUUCCUUUUCGCUAAAAAGAAGGCCAAGGUACAGUUUGCGUUCGAUGAAUCAUCUGAAGAUGUUGCACCAUCCAUGAUAUCUGAUAUUGCCUUCGGUGCCUCCAAUUGUGGACAUCUGCUCAACGCUGUCUACCGUGGAGACCCACGGCGAAUCAAAUGA